CCCUGCAACUCGUCGUCGUAUCACGCAUCUUCAUCUCCCUGCUCGAGCAAAGCCACAAGACGAGAAGGGACGCUCGCUCUGCGCUCGCUCUGUUCAUCGCUUGCCCCGUCACCUCGCCACGAUGUUGCAACCAAGCCCCGCUCUGGGAUCACGGACGAUGCCAGAAGACGCAGCGAUGAGCAGCGCCAAUGACCCGUCCUCCUCUUCCUCGUCGUCGUCGUCUGCGAGGAAGGACAUUGUGCAUGUUGAAGUCCGUCUUCGACCACCCCACCACCACCACUCCUCCUACCAUUCAUCAGACUGGCAAUCUCACAGCGUUUCACAGCGCGUCGAGCUCUUCCUUCGCCGUAACUGCGUCUCUGUGGACUGCGAUGCUCGCUUUGAGGGUAAGCUAUGGGCGGAUUGUGAUCCUUUCCUUGCGGAGAGGGUCGAGAGCAUCCGGGUCGCAGAGGCUGCAUCUGGACGCUUACGAGUUCCAAUCGAGGAGUGCGAGUUCCGCGUCUACGAGUACGAGACGGUCAACACAGUCGAGGAGCUCUCGGCGGGGGAUCCAGAGGGACAAGAUGAAGGGCAGGAUUUGAUGGCCGCAACGGUCAGUGAGCUGCCCAGCAACAGCAUUGAUGGGACCUGGGAGACCCUCAUCUACGGCGACGAUACCAAGCAGAGGCUGCUGCGCUACGUUCAAUCUACGCUGCUCUUCUCAGCGAUGAAGGUUGACUUCAAUGUCAUCAACUGGAAUCGCGUCGUCCUCCUCCACGGCCCCCCAGGCACAGGCAAAACCUCCCUCUGCCGAGCCCUAGCACACAAGCUGUCCAUCCGUAUGCGCCACCAAUUCUCGCACGGCAAGCUCGUAGAGAUCAACUCGCAUUCCCUAUUCUCCAAAUGGUUCUCCGAGUCCGGCAAGCUCGUGCAGCGCCUCUUUGCGCUCAUCGACGAGCUCGUCGAAGACGAAAAGGCUUUUGUGGUCAUCUUGAUUGAUGAGGUGGAGAGUCUCACUACGGCAAGGCAGGCAGCGGCGAGCGGUACUGAGCCGAGCGAUGCGGUUCGUGUAGUCAAUGCUGUGCUCACGCAGCUGGACCGUCUCAAGUCGCGGGAGAACGUCUUGAUCAUGACGACGAGUAACAUCUCCGGCAGCAUCGACCAUGCCUUCAUCGACCGAGCGGACAUUAAGCAGUACAUUGGCUUACCACCACCGGCCGCCAUCUACUGGAUCCUGCGAUCGUGCUUGGACGAGCUGAUGCGGGCGGGUGUGGUCGCGCACGAGAUCCUGUACUCAUGGCAGACGUUGGAUGCUGGCGUGGGAGGCGGUGUAGAUGGGCAGCAGCUCCAACAGUCAGAUCGAGACAAGAGGGCGAGCUGGAGGUUGAGGGCAUUGGCCGAGAGCUGUCAGGGCCUCUCUGCACGCACCCUACGCAAGCUACCCAUGCUAGCCUACGCUCGAUACAUCUCUGCUUCCACAUCAGCUCUGCCCGUGGGCUUCGACGCCUUUAUGGACGCGCUGCAGAUGUCCCUCGCUGACAGCUUGAGAGAGGCGCAACAUGCGGCAGAGGGGCACGCGGGGACAACGGCGGGAAGUGGGCCGAAUGGGGCUGGCAUAAACGGCAUGAUGAGGUCGUGAGCACGCGUGUGCACGGCGUCAUCGAGGGCGGGCAUAGACGCUCCUUGUACCAUCAGUGGCCCCUUGCAAAUCUGUACUCGAGCACAUCAUCGCCAUCGCCGCCCGCGAUCAU